GAGUCUGAUUCAGACCAAGAACAAGAGGAAGAGACCAACAGACUGCUCGAGAAAUAUGAAGAGACGGAGACGUCAGUCCUGAAAUCAGAGCUGAUUCGAGAACCAGAUCUUCUAUCCGACGUGUCAGAGAUGAAACAAGAUUUGAUCAAAAUGACUGUCAUCUUGACUGCAGACUCCGCUGAGAAAUCCCCUUCCUUAGGAGGGUGUGGUCUAGAGAAAGGGACCGAGGAAGUUUCUGGAGAAGCGUUAGAAACAAUGGAAAAAGACUUAGAGAAAGUCAAAGAGGACCUAGAGAAAGUCAGUGAAAUACUGAGGAGUGGAACGUAUGAGGGUGAGGUGGCAGAGGAGGCAGCGAAAGCAGCUAGAAUGGCUGAGGAAUGGGUUCUCCUCUCAGAUAGUGAGAUAGAAGAAGCCAAAAAGAUGGCAGCUUUAGAAAAUCAAGAGCUCGUCUUACGGGAAAGUAGAGGUAACAGAGGGACUCCCAGACCUAAAGCCAUCAAGGACAGUGGUGACCUUAAAGAAUACCUGCUGGAUGUACCAAUAAGCUCUAAAGUUAAAGCCAAAAAAGAGACAAGUUUCCAGGAAAGAUUCACUGAUGUUGUACUACGCAAAAGUACAAAACCAACCACUCAAACCAAAGUACAUGACAAACCCGCCACUGGUGAUGUUAAAAAGCCAGUGAGACGGAAGGGAAAAGACCAGGGGAAGACAGAGGAAUCGAUAGAAACAGGGAGUCGUCUAAGCGUGCCCACAGCCAAGGCCCCAGCAUCCCCUGUAUCCCCAGUGAUUGAAGAAACUCCCAUCGGAUCAAUCAAGGACAAAGUCAAAGCCUUACAACAGAAAGUGGAGGCAGAGCAAAAGAGCAAAAAGGUCACUGGAAGCAAACCUACGCAUUUGCCUGUUAUGAGCAAAUCCUCCCCAAAAGCCAAAGAAACCGCUAAGUCAAAGCAGGCCCCGCAUAAAUCCCCUAAAGCUGAUUCUGAAAAACUUGAAGAGACCAUGUCAGUUAAAGAGCUGAUGCAAGCAUUCCAAACGGGUCAAGACCCCUCAAAGAGAAAGUCGGGGCUAUUUCAGCUCAAAACAUCCUCUUCAUCCAAAUCAGAAAAAAGCACUAAAUCUGAAACUAUCCACACAAAAUCCACGACGAAAGCAGCAGCUUCACACGUCCCUCAAGAGCGAGAAGUGUCAUUGGAUUCCAAACCCCAAAAGAAACUGAUCAGUCAGCAAGACAAAGACACAAAACCCUCUGCUGAUUCAGAGCUAACUGACACUGUAGACUUUGGAAACGGUGGCCUUGAUGAUAGCUCUGGCAGCUUUAAACAUGAGGGUGUGGCAGACUCCCUAAGUUCUGGAAAUGGAUCCUCUCAUUUGAGCUCUGAGGACAGUUACAAACAUGAGGGUCUAGCCACUCCGGGCACAAGCCCUGAAAGUCUAGGGCUUUCUCCCAAAACUGUAAAGCAAACCUCUACAACUUUGGCACCAGCUGCCGCAACAGUAAAGAAAGAGAGUAAAGACACAGAGAAGUGUGGGGAUUCUGGUAUAGGGACCACUGGUGACCAACUCUCUACAGAAUUGACCCUCCUUGUCUCUUCCAGCAAGGCUACAGAUGACCACACUACAAGUGAGUCUAUAUCUGUUAAGAGGAGUGAGUCAAAACCACAAAAGCUUAUAAAAAGAAUUUCAGAGACUAUAGAAACUUUUCUUAGCGAUGACGAAAGCCCCGAUCAUCAGCUAGUAUUGUCUUUAGUUGGGUCAUCAGCUCCUAGAUCCCCGUCUCAGCAUCAUGAAAGCUUAGACUUACUUUUAAAACAAGACGCAGAUGCUCUCAGUCCGUUAGCUGAUGACUCUUUAACAAUAAGCCACAGAGACUCGUUAGAGGGUAGUCCUCUCAUGGAAGAAAAUUCCUCCCACAAAUCCCCAGACUCUAUUGAACCCAGCCCAACUAAGGAAUCACCUCCUCAUGACUCCUUAGAGAGCAGUCCUGUAGAGCUAAAAAGCUGCCCAUUCUUCCCACUAGGUCCACCUAGCAAAUCCUAUAGCCAUCCAGAGCCUCCCAAAGAUGCAGAAUUCCCCGAGGAAACUGUGCCCAGUAGGCUUCUUCGAGACCAUGAGGCUAGUGCUGAUGAUGACAGUUGUGAGCAGACGUCUCAGAUGACAAGUUCUGGUAAGAGCCCCCUCUCCCCUGACACCCCUAGUUCUGAAGAGGUAAGUUAUGAGGUAAACCCCAAACCCCCUGAUCAUUCAUUCCUCUUUGCUCUAUCAAAACCGGCUGUCAUCCCUGAAGACCCAGAAGAAGAUAAUGCAUCAGACAGCCACGAAGCUAGGAGAAAGAUCACUCCUGAGGAAGAGAUGUUUAAGAUGGCAGCCAAAAUAAAAACAUUUAAUGAAAUGGAACAAGACGUGAAGAGCAAAACGAAGUCUAGAAAAGAUUUUUCUCCAGCAGAUGCCAAAAUAGGGGAUGACAGCUGUGAAAGUGAGAAGCUAUCGCAAAGUGAAUGUGGGUUCAGUACACCCACAGAGGAUUCAAAAUUAGCUCUUUUUGUUGAUCCCCUUAUUAAAGUACAACCUCCCUCUCCUUUUUCAGCAGGUUUGAAUGAUGGAUGCCACAGCAAAGAGGCCAAGAGCACAUCAUCAACCAGUGUCACCUCAGAGGGACCUCACUCUGUCUCAGACCAGCAUCAUUCAAAAUCCCAAAUGAAAAAAGAAGAAAGUUGCCCAUUAUCUGGAAAAGCCAAUAAAGACAAUAGCAACACAAAGGCAUCAACAUCAAAUACUAAAAAUAGGACUGAUGAGCAAAAGGAAGAAAGCUUAAGGAAGUCAAGGGAAAGUAGAGGAGAUGAUACGCAUGGUCAAGAGUUAGAGAUUAGUGAGCCACAGACAGGUGUGCUGAAAAGAUGUAGUAAUGUCACAGAUGAAGUUAAAGGAGAUCAGGCCGGACUCUGUGAAACUGUUAUUACAAGUAAGACACAGGAAACGUUUAAACCAGAGGUCUGCAUCUACGAUGACACAGAGGAGGACGACGAGACACUGGAACCUCCCAGGACCGAGUCCAAAGGUGUCACUGCAAGGGUAGAUACCGAGUCUUGGUCUGCAAUGCGGGAGGAUGAUGCCACUUUUGAAGCUCGCGUAAAAGAGGAGGAACAGAAGAUACUGAAUCUGGUUGUUGACCGUCAGUCUCCAGACACCACACCUGGUAGGACACCAACAGAAGAGAGCACUCCCACCAGUGAGCCCAAUCCUUUUCUAUUCCAAGAAGGGAAGCUCUUUGAGAUGACCCGCAGUGGUGCUAUUGACAUGACAAAGAGGAGCUACGAGGAAGAGGCUGUUGGCUUUGCCUUUUUCCAGAUAGGAGAACAGCCUUUAGAGGAGCCUAUCUUAGAAGAGCCCAGACAAGAGAGUCAAAGAUCUGCUACAGAACCGGAAGUUGGUCUCAAUUUAACACUAGAGGUUAAGACUGAUAACAGUGAGCAAUCCAAAGAAACAGCUGAUUCACAGCUUCAGUCCUCGCCUGAAAAUGAACAGCCAAGCUGCAAAGCUGAUGCCUCCAAAUCUAAAAUCCCCAAAAUGGGCAUUUCAGCUUCAGCUAAACCUACAAAGAAAGAUCAGACAUCCCCAGAACUUCUAGAGAUGAAAGCAGAGAUAACUGAAAGAUCCUUAGAUUUAGACACAAGUUCCCUUGGUCAAAUGAUAACAAAUGUACAGACAGCAGAUACUACUAUCACUAGAUCAGUUUACUCUGAACAGGGGGAAGAGUCCUCUGACUCUUCUCCAGAGGAACCACAGUCAGUAAUAGAAGCCCCCAAAACAACAGGAAAAUCCAAACAAAGCGCUUCCAGUAGUGUUAAAAAGACUCCAGUCAAAGCACCAGCUAAGCCUACUUCUUCUCAAGGCCGUGGUAAAUCAACAAUUCAUUCUCCAUCUCAUGCAGUUUCCCCUUCCAGCACUCCUAAAAAAGAGGCCAUCUCUACUUCUGAAUCUAAAUCUAGAAUUCCAGUUAAAGCUAGCACGAUGAAGCCUGACUCUAAACGUGCUGAAAAUAACCAGGACAAAAAACUUAAGGUCCCUGUGAAAAAGGAUAUAAGGAGAAAAUCUGAGACAGAUGCAGGUCCCUCUGUGGAUGUCAAAACCAAGACUCCAUCUUCCAAAGCCAAGAGUUUCUGUGAGGGGGAGUCUCCCAGGUCAUCUAAAAAAGAACAGGGUCGUCCUUUGAGUGCUGAGGCGGCAAAAUCUAAGGGUUUUCAGUCCAGAUUGCCAGUUCGAGGCAAAAGCGGUCAGUCGUCACAUUCAACAACACCCACUAAAGAAAAAAGGGAGCCCUAUAAAGAGCCCGUUGAGUUCUUUGAAGAGAUAAGUGAUGAAGCAGCAAAACUGGUGGCAAGGUUGGCAGAGGCAGACAGAGAGCAAGAGGUUGCGGCCACCAUCUCAGAUGACGAGAGCAGUCUCAUUGAUCCUUUAGUCAUAGAAAGAGAACAUUUCCCUCCCUCAGGAGACAUCUUUCCCAUUAGACCACUGUGGGACGAACCUGUUGAGACACAGAUGCAGCGAAUCCCAGACGAUAAAGUCCAAAGUCAAGUAGAUCCACAGGAUGAAGCAGAGAGAAAAGAGCAACGGUUGGCCAUUAUAGCUGACCACCUUGGCUUCAGCUGGACGGAGUUAGCACAGGAGCUUGACUUCAGUGAGGAGAGGAUCAAUGAGAUAAGAACUGGAAACCCCAACUCACUUCAAGACCAAAGCCAUGCUCUUCUGAAAGUCUGGACAGAGAGGGAGGGAAAUCUUGCCACAGGCCAGUGUUUAGUUCCUGUAGUUGAAGCAACACUUAUCAAAAGACUGACAAAGAUCAAUCGAAUGGAUAUUGUUCACCUUAUUGAAAGCAGGACGUCUGAAGAAGAAACCUCACAUACGUAUGCAGAAAUCGAGUGGACCAUAGCACAGGACCAUAGUGAAGGUUUCGCUGCUCUUCAUGAAGACAUGGACAGCCCCAGGAUUAGCAAACGUACAGAGGCUGCAAAAAAGAGUCCACGCUCAGGACAACAGGUUCCCAUAGUGUCAGCAGAAGACCUUUCAUCCAGUUUGUCAUCACUUCACGAGACAACAGGACGACCGGUGACAGACUCCACGGCAGCAGGCCUUCUUAGAACUGUUCACAAAGACAAGCCACAAAAAGAGAUGGAAACAACACACUUAUCACAAAGAACAUAUGAGGAAAUGACAGACUUGGUACACACUGGCAGUUUUAAACAA